GACCACUCCAUGCGCCCCUUGUCAUCUUCAAUGCCCGACUGAGGCAAAGCCAGGGGUCAUGCGCCAUUGUACUACUCGCUGUGUUGAUGGCAAAGUUGCCUCGAACUCAACCCGCACGCCGCUUCAGUCCAACCUCAACUUUACUUCACGCCACCAUCCCAGUAUACGCCGGAGUGAAUGCUGUGCUGUGCUUAAAGCCGGCCACAUCCUUCCCUUGGUCCUCCAUCACACUCCUCCCGCUCCGCUCCACUCCACACCUGUCCUCUGGUUGCCCGCAGCCGUCGGUGUUGAGAGAGAAGGGCAACUGCGAGCAAGAUGCUGCCCGGAAGCUCCCGCCUCCCCGCCGGCGCCUCUGCGCUGGAGGCACCCGAGGGCCGCCCGGCCUUCGUCAGCGUGCACAAGCGCAUCGACCACCCCGUCCCCGCGUCCGCGGUCCGCCGCUGGGCUCCCGACCCCCCGGUGGCUCGCUCCGGCCGUCCGGAGUGCGGGCCCACCGUGUACCUGCAGAGGACCCCCGAAAUGAACCGCGUGGCCAGGUGCACCGGCUACGCCUUCAUCACCCCCGACCCGGCCGGCCGCGAGGUCGCGGACGUCAAGGCCCUCGUCCGCUCCGCCAUCCACGCCGCGGCGCCGGACCUGCGGUUCGACGUCGUCGCCAUCUCCCCCAUCGUGGCCGACAUGGGCCUGCGCUUCGCCUCGCCGGAGGACCGCGUGGCGGCCAUCGCCAGGCAGCCGUUCGAGCUCGACGGCUACUCGGUGCAGGUCGUGCCCGAGGGGCAGCAGAGGAACUGCUACCGGUCCCGGCUGGAUUACCUCGUCCACAUCAACCUGCACAGCUACCCCAGGGAGGAGCGGGCGGAGAAGGACAUCGGCUUCAACAUGGCCAGCAUCGGCCACGUGGUCGAGAUCGACCCCGCCUGCCUCACCGCGCCGGACCUCUCCCCGCUGCGCCUCGUCGUCCGGGUGGGGCACCCUCGCGAAAUCGCUCGCGAGCUCCGGAUCCGGUACGUUGGUUUUUAUGGCAGCGGCGAGGCCUGUCCCAGGGAAGUCGCUCGCAGCAUCGUGCCCAUCGAGAUCGUCAAGGUCUGGGACCAGUCUCCGUCCAACGACGGCAAUGGCGGAAGCUACGUGUCUCCCUUCAAGCCCUCGCCGGCGGGGGCGCCCUAGCUGCUCAUGCAGCUAACCAAUAAUCGUGGUCUGGGUCCUCGGCGACCUUUGGUUAGAGCUGCUUAAUUAAGCUUCCAGGUUUCCCUAGCUUUCAUGGAUCACAGACCAUACCAGCUUAGUUAUGUAGUACUACUCCGUAGUGGCUGCGACGACAGCAAGUAGUCUCUCUAUUAGUAACAGUGCUAGGUUUCGUCAGUAGGGAGUCAUAUACUAUGACUCAUGUUCGUUCAAGGCUUGUAUGCUACUCUAUUAGUAACGGAGUAUUAGGUUAUGGAA